GCGUGGAGCGCGGUGCCCCAGGGCGGGUUCUGGCCGCCGCCGGAGCACGCCAGGGCGGUCAACAGGGGCUACCCCGUCCAGGGCCUCGAGCACCAGGGCCUCUGCGUUCGCGCGUCGCACCUCGUCGCGGUGCCACCAGCCGACGCCGGGCGGCGCCGCGACGGCGCGCGGCGGGCCAGCGCGCCCUGCGAGCUGGCGCGGACGGCGCCGGGCGCGUUGGGCAGGGCGCAGGCGCACGGUGCCUCGCAGGCGGCGCCGCCGGCCGUGCCGGACGCGCCGGAGAAGCUGCCGGAGCCGCCGCGGCAGGGGUGCGACAGCCUGUCGACGACCCCGUCGGGGAGCGUCUGCCUGCAGAACAGCGUCUCGGUCUCCUCCUUCACCGACGAGGCCAACAGGACGGCGGAGAGGCUCUUCGACUCCCUUGUCGGCGUGCCGCUGCAGCCGGAGAGCGCGCCCCUGGCCGUGGCAGCCGCGCCUCGAGCGCCAGCCGGCCCGCGCUCGCGGGCGGCAGCCCCGCCGUCUCGGCGCGGGCCUGCGGGGCGCGCUGGAGGUGA